AUGGACAGGUUCGCGUGGACCAGCGGGCUGCUGGAGCUGGGGGAGACGCUGGUGGUCCAGCAGCGCGGCGUGCGCCUUUACGACGGGGAGGAGAAGGUGAAAUUUGACAGCGGAGUAUUACUACUUAGCACACACAGACUAAUAUGGAGGGAUCAAAAGAAUCAUGAGUGCUGCAUUGCUAUACCUCUGUCUCAGAUUGUCUUUAUUGAAGAGCAAGCAGCUGGGAUAGGAAAAAGUGCCAAAAUAGUAGUUCAUCUGCAUCCUGCUGCUUCAAACAAAGAACCUGGUCCAUUCCAAAGCAGCAAAUACUCCUACAUCAAACUUUCUUUCAAAGAACAUGGGCAGAUUGAGUUCUACAGACGAUUAUCAGAAGAAAUCACACAAAGGAGAUGGGAGAACAUGCCUACUGGUCAGACCAUUCAAGUUAACAAGGACCCACAGGCAGGAAGAAUAAGGGCUGUAGGAAUUGUAGGGAUUGAAAGGAAAUUAGAGGAAAAAAGAAAAGAGACUGACAAAAACAUUUCCGAGGCUUUUGAGGAUCUUAGCAAGCUAAUGGAGAAGGCUAAGGAAAUGGUGGAGUUAUCGAAGUCAAUAGCUAAUAAGAUUAAAGAAAAACAAGGUGACAUCACUGAGGAUGAGACUAUUAGGUUCAAGUCCUAUCUACUGAGUAUGGGUAUAGCUAAUCCAGUUACUAGGGAAACGUAUGGAUCUGGUACACAUUACCACAUGCAACUGGCGAAGCAACUAGCUGGAAUACUGCAGACACCAUUAGAGGAGCGAGGAGGGAUCAUGUCACUUACAGAAGUGUACUGUCUCGUAAAUCGUGCACGAGGAUUAGAGUUGCUGUCACCAGAAGAUUUAGUAAAUGCUUGUAAGACGCUGGAGUCAUUGAAAUUACCACUAAGGCUUCGGAUAUUUGACAGUGGUGUGAUGGUGAUUGAACUCCAGUCUCAUAAUGAAGAGGAAAUGGUAGCUUCUGCUUUAGAGACAGUAUCUGAAAAGGGUUCUCUCACAGCUGAUGAGUUUGCUAAGCUGGUGGGGAUGUCUGUUCUCUUAGCCAAAGAAAGGCUGCUUCUUGCUGAAAAGAUGGGCCAUCUUUGCAGAGAUGAUUCAGUGGAAGGCUUGAGAUUCUACCCAAAUUUAUUUCUGACACAAAGCUAAUGUAGUUUGUGUACAGUUUGUUAUGUACAUUGCAAUGCUUUACAGUUCUCAGGUAUUUCCAGUGCUGAAUCCUCUUACGUGGAACUGAAAGGAAAUAGGAAUCACUAAGUCAGAAGCAUGUUAAUUGUCUCAAGCUGGCUAGUUCAUGUUUCAAGUUUUAUUUGAUGUGCUUUGUAGUUUCUCAUUUCAAGAGAAGUCACAUGAAGAUUCCACACAAGUGGAAGUGGAGAGAAUAUCCCUGUAGUCUGCCAUGAGGGUUGGCACCCAGAAGACAGGUUACUGCAUACUCCAGUUUCAGUUUGUUUAUGUCUAGAGCAACAAAGCAGACAGAUGUAUCCGCAGUGAUAAGAAAAGUGACUUUGGUGUGUACUGAGGUAUAAGGAACAAAUCAGUGUAGAAUAACCCCUUCUCCCUGAAGUGAUGAACAGUUUUCUAAGAGAGGAUCUUGGGGUUCUUGUAAUUUGAGACAGAAGGAACCUGCUGCAGGAGAGAUUAACAUGUUAUGUGAAUCUAGAAAACACGGUGUUUAUUUUAUCAUGUCUUAUGCUAAUAUGUCAGAUAGACGCAUUGUUAGCACAGACUUCCUCCCUUCUCUUUCCUUGCCAUCUUCCUUCCUGUUUCAUAAUGUUGUGCUUCGGAUGCCCUUUCUCUGUCCUCUCUUUACAUAGCAGAGUGUAGUAGCCUCCUGUCACUCUACCAGACUCUGUGCUUUAAUGUGCUUGGUUUUCAUCUUGUACUUCUAAUGAAAGCUCAUUUGCUUUGUUUCAUCAGCCUGUUAUCUGUUUUGGAGAGACACUUCAUUUGCUUACAUCUCGUAUGCGAAAAUUAAUAUGCGUUCAAUAUUGAAGGGAGGAAGAAGACUAUCACCCUGUUUUUAAGAGUCACGAGAUAUCAUAUCAUAUUGUUUGGUAUUCCUCACCCUGUGUUCACACUGAAUGCAAUUUGAUAGUCUCAGUUUUCAUAACUCCAGUGGAGUUGUUACAUUACUUGCAGAUCUGUUGUGAUGGUAAUAAUGGUAAAUGGAUGUUUACAAUCCACGUCCCUUAAAUUUUUGGUGGUUUGAAGUGACCAGUUUUAAUAAAUAACAAAAUUGGUUCAAGGUAUGGGCAAGGACCAACAUAUAGGUAACUGCAUUGUGGUUGUAAUGGCCAACUGACAUUACAAAAAUGGAGAAAAAGGCUUUUAAGACCCUGAAAAUAUUUUCAGAACUAUUUCAGUGUUACCAUAGCUUAGACAAGGGUUAAGAGCCUGCCAAGAAGUUCAGUGCAGAGAUCCCUACAGUGAUAAUGCUUUUGGUUCGUAGGAUGCUCAUUUAGAUCCAGGGAUUUGUGUCCUCUUGUCACAAGCAAACUUUUAUGCAGUGCCUUCUUUGGGGCAGUUUUCCUCUGUUUCAUGAAGGUGCUAAAAAUACUGUAUUUCACACAGCUGAAGGAACCGAUUCCAUGCUAUCCUUACUGUGUUAACCACCUAGUAUCAUCUCUUCAGGAACUUUACAGCUUGCUGCUUUUCUUCAUCCUCCCACAACCCACAGAAGAGAUCUAUGCGAGGUACACCAAGCAUCACACAUCUAAGGAGGGACUGAAAAGUGAGAAAUUCAGAAGCAAAAAGCUGGUUUGUGACAACUUUCUUUUGCCCAAUACCCAAACUUGUCAAGGGAGACCAGUGGUUUAUGGGCCUGAACCUCUCCCCACAAGGGGGCAUGUCUUCUGCAGAAAGAACAAAACCAGAAAGGAAAUGCCAAGUGUAAACUCCCAGCCUUCGUUGCUCCAACUCUGAGCAUUUCAUUAUCUUGAUUAAGCAAUAACAAUACAGCCUAUUUAGAAUGAUGGUACCUUCUUGAACUUUUCUUUCCCAGGAUUUUUCCUUGACUUUUUUUUUUUU